AUUCCCUGACCCCAACUCUCUUCCUUCCAGGACUCCAGACUGUACGGACGGCUUAUUGUGCUCUGCAUAUUGUAGACAUUGUAACCCCUUAUUCCUACAGUGUGCUCUACUUAUAGUAGUGACAGUUUCUCGGUGACCUCGCAUAUUGUUGGGUACCGUGCCAGAUACAUAUUUACUAGUAUUGUGAGCUAUAUUACUUGACCUGACCUGUCCAGCGACAUUAUGAUAUAGUCAACCAUGUGACGGCUUGCAAGACCAAGACAGAAGGCCAAUCAGCCGAACGUCCGGUUGAUGACACUGCUGAGAGUGAAGAUGACAUGGAUGAGGUCAGCACUGAGCAUGAGGACAAACGUCGAAGGACUUGGAGGCAAAAUGAAUGGUUCAUGCAAUGGCCUGUAGUACUUGGUGUACUUGUACUGCUGGUGGUGCUGUCAGUGCUGGGGAUUUUAGUAUACAUUUUGUACACCAACAAUGCCAACCUUACAUCCCGAUUCCAAGAAUUAGAAAGAAAAACAUUAGUUGAUAUUGUUCAGCUGCAAAAUAAUAUAAUUUCCUUAGAAAGCAGGAGUUCAGAUUUGAAAUCUGUUGUUGAAAAAAUGGAUGAAAACGUUCCCAAGUUAGUGGCUGAUGUUGAAAAAUUAGAUUUAACAUUCAUGAAACUGAAACCAAAAGUUGAUAAAGUAAAUGAAACAGUAGUCAAAUUGGAACCAAAAGUUGAGAAAAUGGACGAAACUGUUGUAAUAUUGGAACCAAAAAUUAAAACACUAGAUGACAUUGCAGCAACACUGGAACCAAAAGUUGGAAAACUAGAUGAAAUUGUAGUCAAAUGGGAACCAACAAUUAAGAAAAUAGAUAAAACUGUUGUCAAAUUGAAACCAAAAGUUGAAAAAUUAGAUUACACAGUUGUCAGUUUAGAACCAAAAGUUGAAACAUUGGAUAAAACUGUUGCCAAAUUGGAGCCAAAGGUUGAGAAAAUAGAAGAAACCAUUGACAAAUUGGAACCAAAAGUUGAAAAAUCAUACCAAAUGGUUCCCAAAUUGGCACCAAAAGUUGAAAAACUGGAUGAAACUGUGGUCAAAUUGGAACCAAAAGUUCAAAAAUUAGAAGAAACAAUUGGCAAAUUGGGACUAAAAUUUGAAAAAAUAGAUGAUAUUGUAGUCGAGUUGGAACCAAAAGUUAGAAAAAUAGAUGAAACUGUAGUCAAGUUGGACCCAAAAAUUGAAGAAAUGGAUAAAGCUGUAGACAAACUGGAACCAACUGUUGGAAAAUUAGAUAAAACUGUCCUUUAUAUGGAACCAAAAGUUAAUGAUUUAAAUGAAACUGUUGGCAAAUUGGAUGGAAGAGUUCAAAACUUGAACAACAAAGUAUCCGGUACAGAGAUUAACGCACUGAGAGAAAGUGUAACAGAGUUGCGUCAACACUUGGAUAACCUUGGAACUUAUGCAUGGAAAAAACUGCCAGAGAGUCAAAACAGGAUAGACAACCUUGAGCUAACCUCAUACUCUCAAUAUUCCUACAUUUAUCUGCUGCUUCUGAUGACCGUUGGUCUGACCCUUUGGUCAUUGUACAGCUAUUCUCAGAUGCCCGGUAUGAAGAAUGCUUUGGUCAAUCAACAAUAUGAGUUUACAUCCCAGUCAGGUGACCAGGCACCUUCAGUCCAUGAGGAGUCGUAUAGGCAGGUCGGGUCAGUACUCGAUAGCAUACAGCGGUCAACCCUAGCCAGGCAGAUAUGUGUGGUCAGUUUCUACUCAGAGACCAAGGCAUUCCAUAUGCGACUUGUUGAAUCGGCCUGCAGUGGUGAGCUCAGCAAAGUGGACAAAGUUGGCUCCCUUGUCUCGAACCAUGAAACCAUCCCUAAGCUGCCCCGUGCCAAGAUUUUUCUGGUAUUUGUCGACUUCAAUGAGCGAAAUAUAAUUCUAGAGCACCCGGACAGAGAGAUUGGUGACCUCAGGAUGACCACAGUCCAGGGAGCUCGCAAAAUGGGAGGUGAUGUGUUUGUUGUGUACGUGAAGGACAAAGGUUCACGUAAUCUCAACCCUGAUCACCUGUAUAAUGAAAGUUUGAAGAAAAUCAUAACACACCCAGAACUGUCCGUUCUCAGUGGAAAACAACGUGUAUUGACAACGUAUGAAGAGUUUACGACGUUCCAGUGCACUCACCUAGCCAAGAGUUUCAUGAGGACUCUGAAGAGAUAGAAGCAGUGCCACGCAAUGACAAGCAGACCUGUUUAGAUUUACCUUAAGGAUAAUUAUUAGUUUAGCAUGUUUUUAACUUCUUUCCAAAAGAUUUUCACUCCGGAAAAUCCUGUUUUUAGUUUUGAAGUAAAUAAUUGAUAUUAAAUGAGAUAUAAACAAAAACCGUACCGUAUUGGUACUAUUAAAAACACAUCGGCAAUUAUUAUAACGCAUUGGAAAGCGGAAGUAGAGGAUGGGUAUGUACAAAAUGUUUGACAAAAGGAUUUUCAAACCCCUGUCAAGAACUUUUACAUGAUAUGGUAUGAGAAGUGUCCAUGAAUCCAACUGUCUGCCAAUCCACCUUUGGCUCAAGCGCUAUUGAUUUAUAUGAAACUUGAUAAGCAUGUACAAUUUACAAUGAAUGAGGUUAAGUUUAAAGAUGAGCAAAAUCUGUGUAUAAUUAAUAGGAAGGUGGAUAACUGAAAGUCUCUACACUACCUAGAGUAGGUAUGGGAAGUGGGAUAACUGUCUACAGUACCUAGAGUAGGUAUGGGAAGGGGGAUAACUGUCUACAGUAACUAGAGUAGGUAUUGGAAGGGAGAUAACUGUCUACAGUACCUAGAGUAGGUAUUGGAAGGGGGUUAACUGUCUACAGUAACUAGAGUAGGUAUGGGAAGGGGGAUAACUGUCUACAGUACCUAGAGUAGGUAUUGGAAGGGGGAUAACUGUCUACAGUACCUAGAGUAGGUAUGGGAAGGGGGAUAACUGUCUACAGUAGCUGGAGUAGGUAUGGGAAGGGAGAUAACUGAAUAAAAAUGUUAAUGAUGUUGUGGGAGAUAAUCAGAUAAAAAUUGUUGUGAUUAUAACAUGUUUUUGCAUUUGAAAAUUAUUUCAAUGCAUAGUUUUAUCUUGGUUUGAGGUUAUGUAACUCAGUAUAAUCAGAGACGUAUAUAUGUUAUAUAUACUUCUCUGGUAUAAUAUAGUCUUACGAUAUAGUUUCACACCAGGGCAGGGUUGUGAAAUUGUAAUGUGAUUACAUGUGGUGUUUUCAAAAUUCAGAAAAGUAGUUUUUACAUUACAGUACCUAUACUUUUGGUCUCUGAAGCAACAUGGUACAGUGGGCCAUACAGAGAACCUCUAAAAUAAAAUAUCACAUUGUUUACUCUUGGCCAUGUCCGAUAAAUGUAUCAUCAUAUUUUGUUACUAAAUUUGUAUGGCCUGGUGGUUGUGUGAACUAGUAUGCAUUUGAACUAGUAUAAAAAAAAAAAAAAAAGUUUUGUAUGAAAUAUUGUUUAUACAAACUAGUAUUCCUACAAUCUAAUAUUUGCAUGAACUAGAUUUUGUAUGAAUUAGCCUUUGUAUGAAUAAGGUUUUGUAUGAACUAGGAAAAACUAUCAGACUUUGAUUUUUAUGAAAUAUUAUUAUUUAUUUGUUUUGUAAAAUUAUACAGAUAUAUGUACAUGUAAACAACCUGUGGAUGGAGGAUGGAAUAUUGCUUGAAGUAAUACAUGUACAAUGUAUAAAUUGUUGGCAGUGUUGUUGUUUUUAGACGUGAUCAGUACACUGUAUUUCAGGGUUUUUUAAGCAUGAAUCAAAUUUUGUGAAUUUAUUCUCCUUUAAAAUGCUACUCAACCCUUAUGGCUCAUUGGAUUUUGACUAAAUUUGACCUGGAGGAUCCUUGGGCAAAGUGGACUCAAUUUGUAUAUACAGUCCUAUUCUGUCAUAUUGGCCCAAGGCUGCAGCCCGAGGCCUAAUAACUUGGCCAAUGUGGAAUUAGUUGAUUAAUGACAUUUUAUUAAUGAACUACUUGUAUAAGUACAAGUUGUUUAACGCUGUGUAUUGGUCAACUGGUUGACAGAACAGUGAAAGAUGUACAUGUAUAUCAUUGGCAUUAAUCUGAAAUUAACAAAAAUAAACUGAUUGAAUUCAACAAAUUUAAUAACAAUAAUUUCAAAAUAUUGGUCAGUUGAUUACUUCCUGUGAACUUGACAUGGACUGACUGUACUUCGCUUUUUUCGGGGGCGGCAUUAUAUUGAUAUUUAUGGUACCCCCUGAAAUAUGUGCACCACUUACAGGGAAAGGGGCAGACAACUUUGUAGUUCAGAAUUCGCCAUUGAGUAUGUACGACUAAUAUAUCAUUAAGCAAUGUUUGGCUUAACACACUCAACACUUUGUAUGCCAUGCAUUAAAACCGAUAGCAUGCAUCUGUGGGAUGCUCGCUCCAUGGUUUGUUGUCUUCUGUCGUUGUAAAUAACAGUUACUGAAGGUGAAUGUAGUCAUCCGUCAUCCUCGAUAAGCAUAGAAAUGUUACGAAUAACAGGGGCCUAGCUGGUAUAUAA